AUGGCAGCGGCACAAACGUCGGAGUUUGACUUCGAGGGCUUCAUCGGCCAUGGCUCCUUUUGCCAGGUGGAGCGUUGCGUCCAUCGAGCCACCGGCAGCAGCUACGCCGCGAAGCGCGUGGUGAAGAGCAAGCCUCACGUGCUGCAGGGCAUCGUCAUGGAGGAGUCACCGUGGGUAGUGCAGAUGGCCUACGAGAUCGACCUGGAGAUGGACGAGUGGAUUGGCAUUUUGGAGCUCUGCGAGGCCCGCGAUGCGGCGCACCCGGAGGUGCCGAGCCUCGGUCGCAGCGUGCAUUCCUUUGGUUUGGACAGAGGUGAAGUUCAGGGGAGCAAUCCAGCACCCCCAGCAUCCCCAAGCUGUCCGACCUGGCUCCAGAAAUUGUUUGGGGUGAAGCGGAGUGAAGCGGUCGUGCCGGUGAAUCACUUCAGUCGAGUCGUCACCAGGACCAUGAUGCUCGGCCCCCAAUACGAGCACCACGUGGGGACGCCCAACUUCAUGUCACCCGAGGCCAUCGAAGGCACUGGCAACGACCGGAGAAGCGACUUGUGGUCGUUGGGCUGUGCCAUUUAUCAGCUGCUUCUGGGAGCUGCGCCCUUCAACGCUCCCACGCCCUUCAUGAUCCUCACGAAGGCCCAAGCAGGGCAACUCUGGAUUCCCAGCACCGGGAUGUUCAGCGCCGAGCUGCAGUUGAUCCAGCAGCUGACGACCAAAGAUCCUGCUGCACGCCUGGGGGCCUCCUCCACCCGCCAUGCUCUUGAGGGGGGGCUGUGCCGUGCUGUGGUGGCCGAGAGUGACUCCCGAGCACUAGAGGAGGACCCGCCCCCUGCAGGGGAGUGCCUCUUUGUGGCUGAUGCUGCGCAGGGCGUGCUGGCGCAGCUGGGCGUGGAGGAGAUGCCUGAGACUCAGACGCUUGAUGAGGUGCUGUCCACCCUCCGCGCAGCAGGGCUGGGGGACAAUGAGCAGGUGGUCCUAUGGCGGAGCGUGGAGCUCGCAGAGCAGCGGCUGAAGGAGAGCAGAUCCUUUCAACUGGAGUGUCCACCCCAAUUCUUCCCGUGUUGGACUUUUCCACAGCAUCCUUUUGAGUUGAAGGAGAGCCGCGAGACCUUUUCCCUGGGCGGCAGUGAGAAUUCCAGCGAAGCCACCGAUGAAGAAGAGGCGGAGGAGGAAGGGAAGGACUCAGCUGCGGUGAAAGAUGCCAGCCAGCUGCCACCUGUUGGGGAAGCUUCGCCACGUCCAGUUCCGGAGGGCCAGGCGGCCAAGUGCUGCGAGUUAAUGAAGAGGCUCUCUCCCAAGCGGAUCCUCAUUGAUCCUGGAGGCCUUGGCCUUGGCGAAGGGAAUGCAGGCCUUCGACCCGACCAAGAGACCCGAGAUGACCCAGAGAGGAUCUCGAACGCGGUCUCGGUCUCGCACGGCUCUGAGGCCGAUUUGGUCUUGGUCGUCAUGGGGCUGUCCAUGUCGAUCAUUUUAAUGAAUAUUUUGAUUGGCGUGCUGGCUGAGAGCUACAACCGAGGUUGGGAACACCGAGAGCGGCUCUUCCUCUUGGAGCGCUCGCGGUGCCCCGGACCGGGUCACCGGCGACCUCCACUGGGCAUCGCCCAGGUGUGGUUUGCCUUCCCGAAGGAUCCAGCCUCAUGGGGAGAGAUGCAGACCGAUGCCGAGGGCGAUGCCACCAUGAACGUCCAUGAGAAGGUCACGGAGCUGCGCCGCGAGAUCCGCGAGAUGAUGCAUGGCAAGCUGAAGACUCACCAGGAACAUGGUGAUGACCUGAUGCACAGCAGCCAGGGCUUCGCAGCUCGAAAAGCAUCGAGCGGGGCGGAUUUGGAGGUGGCUGAGGUUUUGGAGCUUGAGCAUCAAGCACAUGUGUGCCUCGAUCACGCGGAUGCUGUCCGUCUUGCCCCACUGAGCACGGCCGCGACCGUCGCCACGGCGCGGGUGGCGAAGAUCAAGCCAUGUGGAUCCUGCGGUGUGAGCCGAGUUGCCAAAGGAUGCCGCGAAGAGUCGAGCGACGGACCGACGCCGGCCUCGGACGGACUAGACGACCGGCCCUUGGGCGAGGAAAUCUCCUUCUGGCAGUUUCUGGCCAAGGAGCCAGAUGCCGACACUUUGCCGCUAAAGCAGAGAAUACCCGAAGUGGCUCUCUUCCGUGGAUGCUCCUUAUAUGCCGGCUUCUUUUCCAACCAGCGUGGCUUGCUUCAAAAGCGCAGCAACACGCAGUACUCCAAGCAGUUCCUGCUCGACCGGCUCCUGGCCCUCUCGGCGAAGACGGCAGACGCCACGGAUCUCUGUGCGCGGACGCCUGCCGCCAUUCUGCGAAGGCCACAAAAGCCAGGAAUGGCUGGUCCACCCAAGACACAGGUCCUGAAUGCUUCACAGCUGAUGGAGCUCUUAGAGAGGACGGAGCGAGGCUCAAUGCCUGGAACGUUUGGUCUUCCUGCUGCUGUGCCGCAGCUGGAGGAGGACGAGGAUUGGUCUUUGCAGUCCUUGAUCGUCCCACAGACGAACCUUCGCGUGGUCAGUGUGUAUUCGCGUGAAGCCAACGGGGAGGAGUGCCUAGAUUUAGUCGGGCAACCCUUCUCGCAGGUGUAUCCCAUCGAUGGCCCUGAGCCACCAGCUCCAGCACCUGCAGGCCCUCCAAGGGACCCUUCGCUGCGCUCGGUUUUUAUUCCCGAGGCCUUCGCCUCCCAGGUGGAGAUGAAGUCCCGGCACCUGGCGGCGUACGUACAACGCUUCCACGGGCGUGCACUGGCCAGCUUGAUCUCGGAGUUCAUUCCCGAUGAGUCGGGGAAAGCUGUGCUCCACGGCUUUUGGAAGGUUGAACUGUUGGAGGGAAAAAGCAUGGCUCAGUCCUAU